AUGGCAUUGGAGAAGGAGGUGCGCGCUCCUCUGAGAGAGCUGCAGCUGGUGCUUGAGCAGGUCAAAGCCAGGCAAGACCAUCUCCAAAGGUUUCUGGAGCGUGCAGACGUGCAGUCUGCAGAGAGCCGGUACCCGAGCCCCAAAGUGAGUGGGCGUCGGAUGCCAUCCCCGCAGCCUUCCAGAAGCUUUCAGCCCCUGGACGAAGCUCUGGUCGACUGGCCAAACGGAGCAGAAACCUUUGCACCGUUUCGAGAGCAGAGAUGUCCAAGAAGCGGGGACAAAGUUGCCUCGCCUGGGGAGCGCCCAGCGCCGAUUCGGAUCCCGCCAGAGCCCAUCACGAAGCAGGUCGCUGCCCCUCAGGAGCCGCUGAUGCAGGCGUAUCUCGCCUUCCUAAAGGGUGAGGUCGACGGUCUGCCUCCGGAGCCGGUGCCCAUGCAAGGCCUCGGGGCCGACAUGGUCACAGCGAAUCGCCCCGAAGAGGAGGCGGCCGGACCUUCAG